UUAAUAAAACUAGUUAAUUCUUGUUCAAUUAAUCUUGUGAAAAUGUUCUUUCAUCUAUUUAUAUUGGUUUUUAUGAAUUGUGUUAAUAAUUGCUUGUUUUUUCAUGUGAAUUUUCAAUAUUUUUAUGGCGCACAACUCGAACCGUUUAAUACGCAAUUACAAAAACGUGAAAUGGCACAAUUUUUCGAUAAAGCCGCCUAUUCCUUUAAUGGUCUCGAGAAAAUCGAGUCAGUGCCUGUGUCGUUUCCAAUCGAUAUCUGCGUGCUCCCAUUGGAGGGUGUUAAAUAUGCAGCGGCGUUACAUAGAAAUAAAAAUGGCGUGCGACAUUUUACAAUAUAUAAAAAUGUGAACCACAACUACCGCGAAAUGCACACCAUUGCCACGCCCAAUGCCACCGCGAUGGAUUGCAAAUCUCUCGGCCCCAAGGGAUACAUCGCUUUGGCAUUCAAUCUCACACAACCCAUUGAGAAUGCACGCGAUGGAUCGCCGAUCUACGAACUCACUGCUGAUGAUCGCCUACGCGCUGUACAAUAUUUUGCUGCUACACAUUUAUAUUCCAUUUAUUUACGCACCACCGGUAACGACCUGUUUAUGCUGCAAACAUUCCGCAGCAGCGGCAAAACAUCUCAACCGCGUUGCCCCUACUACAAGUGGUCGGGUACAUCGUUUACCUUACUCGCGCGUAUUCCAUGCAGCAAUGCGCGCCAUGUCGAACCGUUUGCCAUCAACUAUGAGAGCUAUGUGGCUUUGGCGAAUUAUGCCGAUCAAACGGGACGCACGACAACGUAUUCGGAAAUUUAUAAAUUUGUACAUGAAAAGAAGCAAUUUCAGCUUGUGCAGAAGAUACGCACCUAUGGAGCGGUGGAUGUGCGCUACUUCAGUGUGCCACUGGACGAGGUUAGAAGGCGGUAUUUUCUUGUGUUUGGAAAUUCGGUAAGCAGGAGGCGUGGUAGUGAUGGAGAUGCCAAUGAAGUGGAUUCAGUAUUUUACCUUUUUGAUAAAGGACAAUUUGUACCUUAUCAGAGUUUACCGUUAUAUGCGGUGGAGCAAUUCUUGCCAGUGCAGAAUAUGGAAGCUGAGAAGUUUUUGCUGCUUAUUGCUAGUAAGGAUCAAGAUGCUAAAAUUUAUAACUUGAAUGAUUGGAAAUUCGAGCCGUCCGGUGUUCAGUUCACCGAAGGUGCCUUGAGUCAGGGUGUGUCGAAAAUGCGAAUUUAUCAAGAGAACGAAAAAAGCUACUUAGUGAUUGCGAAUGAAAAGAUGAACGAAAAUGAUACCAAUAUAUUUUUACCGAUCUUUAAGCAAGAUGAACAUGCGAAUGCUUUACGACAACAGAUCAUCGAUUGGACUAAAAUGCAAAUAGGGCGUUUGUCGCAAAUCAAUGUAAAUAAAUUGAAAAAUGAUGUAGAGCAAAAACUCGCACAAAACGAAAUCCAAAAACAAAGCAAACAUUUUAAUGUUCAAUUACGAGAUAUUCUACAAUCAGACAUACAAACAGUGACAACUAAUUCGUUCGUUUAUCCGAAACAUCAUUUUACCAGCCACUACUGGCAGGCAUUGAAUUUCGCCACCCAAGCUGUGAUUGGCUUAGAAGCUGAACUCAGCUCACCUACUGCAAAGCGUCUCAAACGCUCCACUAACGUCACUAGCGACCCAAUCAUGGAAUUCGCCAACAUCAAAGUCGACACUCUUGUUAUUAAGGAACACCUGCAAGCAAAGCAAGUGAAUCGUGUCGAAUCCGCACGGCCCACUCUUGAGCACAUUAAGGCAAAGAAGGUACGUGUUACGGGCAAGUAUGAAGUGCCUGAACGGUCGCCAGCGGCUGAUGGACCAACGAUGGUACCGACAACGUCCUCGCUGGCAGUGAAGCAUCUACGAAUCAAUGGAAAUUUGAAUGAGUACAAGUGGCAUGAUUUGCUCAACCAUACACUGAAGCGUGAAGGUAUGCAAUUUGUAAAACAGCCGACCCAUAUGGCUAGCCUAGUGGCAGAAUCUGUACGGGUGUUAAGCGAUGAAAUUGACGGCAAUAAUUUGCUUAAGCUCAUACCAAUUGAUGGUGGCGAUAGCGCUGCUGAUGCCAGUACUUAUGUGGUCAGGCAGUCAGUACGCUUUGAAGGACCUGUAAAAGCUAAAGAGCUAUUAAUACAUGAGCGUUUAAAUCAAAUACAAGUGCGACAGAAUAAAUUAGAUGUGCUGCUUAAGAACGCGAAUGAGACGCAGGUGGUGGACGGUGCAAAGAGAUUCGAGCAUGUGCGCAUUUUGCAACCGAUCGCAAUGGCGGUAAGUCAAGGGGGCCAAACGCUCGGUUCGCGCUUACAAUCAUUGUCUCCGCAACAAAUCAUACAUAACGAGCUCAUCCUCAAUGGUGACUUUAUAAUCAAAGGGGAUGCGAUCGUUUCCGAUUUUUUAAGUGUCGGCGAUUUAAUAGAUCGUAACUCUCAAAUGAGUACCAAGCAAACACUACUGAAUGGACUCGAUAUUACGCAGCCACUUGAGGACGUCAACAUUAAUUUCGAGGAGACACUGGAAGCGAAUAACACGAUAUUAACAUUUAUCAAUGCAGUUGACAUGCAGCAGCUCAUUAAAACGAAUUUCAAGCACUUGCAAGUACUCGAAGGUGAGAAGCAUUUCAAAAAGGCGCUCGAAAUACGUAGAGGUUUCAGUGAAGUGAAAUAUUUAAAUGGCAUAGAUAUAGAAAGUUUGACUGAACGUUUAUUGUUUAAGAUCGCGAAUCAAAGCGUGCAAGCGCCAAUGCAUUUUGGUAAAUUACUAACUUAUAGCAUUACAGCAAACCAUAUAAAGAUGAAGGAUAAGCCACUAGACUCGUUUCUCACCCGUACUGGAAAUCAACAUAUGCCUAUCACACUAUCUGUUACAGAGUUGAGUACGCAGACAUUGAAUAUUGAGAAACUACAAACUAAUGGACGUAUUUUUGGGAAGGCAAAGACCUCUGACGAUGAACAAUCCCUAAUAGGACAAUUAUUGUCCAAUCAGUCUAGACACAUGGAUUUAUUGCCACCAAAUCGAAAGUUUCCGAAUACAAUAUUCGUUGAUAAUUUACGCUUGAAAGAUGGCAGUGUCAAUGGACUUAACGUGCAUGACAUAGAAAAGAAGCUGAAGCAUCUUAAUGCUGAUAUAAAAUUUGAAGGGAAUUAUAAAUUUAACUAUGAUAUGAAUAUAAGCCAGCUAACGUUUCAAGGAAAAUUCAAUGAUAUAGCGGCGGAGUUAUUUGGUCGCUGCUGGUUGCAGAAAAGCGGCAUGCAAGUGUUCACCGUGCCGCAAAGUUUUUCAGAGGUGCAUUGUUCAAAGGGUGUGACACUCGAUGGCUCACUUAAUGGACGUGCAUUAGAGGAUUUCUAUACGAAAGCCUAUUGGACAAAUCGAAAUGAGUAUAUUGAUGCAAUGAAGUUCCAAAAUCCCAUACAAAUACAAGCGCCACUUAGAACAACUACGUUAAACAGCAUGCAUGUACCCCUAGAUAUAAUCCAUUUUAACUCCUCUGUACCGCAAAUUCUGUACGCAAGUGCUUCAGUUCAUCGCGAUCUUAAUUUAUUGGAUACUGGCGGCAUUUACAAUGUUUCCACUUUAAAUGGUGUCCACCGGUUAGCAUUCCAACAAUUUCUCAAAGCUGGCAGUGGCGAUACUUUGCAUGUGGAGCAUGCAAAUUUUGCGCAAACGCCACUCUACCGUACUUUGAACCACUACGAAUUACCGACAUUGCUGGACAAAGUUUGGCUUGCCAAUGAAAAUGUGCGUCUGACUCAACAUGUCGAGCUGGCUAAUGCGACUUUUGAGGGUCUUUUAGAAUUUGAGGGCUUGGUAAACAAUAUAAAUUUGCAUUACCUGAAAGAUAACUACUUCAGCCUAACACGUCCCCAAGAAAUUGGUACAGAAAUGAUGAUGACAAGUGAAGCAAAGUUCGAAGGUGAUUUGACUGCUAACAACGUACAGCUAGCUGGUUUCCUAGUCGAUAGUAGCAGCGAUUUGGCUAUGAACUUUGAUGAAUUCUUUGUAAAUACUUUGAAAACAGAUGGUCCUCAUGAAGUGUGUGCUAGCUGGAGCUUGUUGACUGCGCUUAUACAGGGUGAUGUUGAAAAUGUGCAAAUUAACAAUUUGAAUUUGGCUCAAGAUGUUGUGCGCUUGAAUAUGCCGCAUGCGUCUUUGACUGCGCCAAAGACCGUUAAGGUAUCAAGUAUUGAAAAACUGUGUCCUACAAGAAGCAGUACCAUAAAUCGUGUACCAGUCGCUGAUUGGCUACAACAGGCGGUGUAUGUGCACGGCAAUCAUACCAUAAACGGUAUAACCACUCUUGAUACCGUUAACAUGUACAACGAUUUAAGCGUAUUCGGCAUAGUUAAUAAUAUUUCGAAUUUUGGUGAACAAACUUUAGUACUGCGCAAUUUGCACCAAACGUUGCAUGGCGAUGUACACAUCAAUAAUUUGUUUCCCAAAGAACGUCGCAUACUAGUGAAUAAUUUUGAAAACCUACGCGCCAAAAGCGUUAACGGGCAAACAGUUGAUGCAUUCUAUAAGGAUCAGGCAAAAUUAUCUAGUGUAGUUGCGGUUGAGGGAAAUUUGGCAUUUAUGCAACCUUUAGUGGUGCAGGACUACCACAAUCGAGGGGCUCGGGAAGCGAUGUGGAAGCGAACGUCUUCAACAAUUGAUGAAGUCAUGCGAACAAGCAAUGAACUCACGCAGAUGCCUAGUUGGAAAACAACGCUUACAAUGGACCGGAAAUUGAGACGAUCCCUUAAAGCGACCUUUUAUGCCCUUAAUAAAUUUAAUAUUCGUCAAAAACUGAAAACAAAUGGAACGAAAAUAGUAUCCUUCAAAAUAAGCGAGGAAAAUGGUCAAACGAUGGAUCUUAUAGGAGUCGUUGAUGAAACAAACAAAAUUUCGCCGGUGCAAUAUUAUCAAUGGUCAAUACAAGAAGCGCAUUUUCGCCCUAUUCAAGAAUAUACAUGGCUUCCAAAAGUAAGAGAUUUUCUAGAAUUUUUAGAAUUAUUCUCCAGCGAUGUCGAUGGGAUAGCGGUAUUGAAUAAAACAACUACAGGACAACUGAUAUCAAGUCUUCAAUCGUUUUUCGAAAGUUUGCGAGGUGAUAAAAAUAUCACAAUCAUUACUUUCUUCGCAAUAGCUGGAGAACAUUGUUUUGCAACACAUAUGGGGCCAAGAACAGAUUCAAUUAGAAUUUUUUGCGUUAAAACGGAAUUUGAGUCAGCCAUCACAAUAUACGAAAAGUUCACUUUACCCAGGAAUGAUAUUAGACAGGUGCUUCGGUUGGACGGGGAUAAAGUAGCACUGUUGCUAGCCGAUGGCAUUGAGAUAUGGCGAUCGCACCCGCAUUUCGAAUUUAUGCACCUUUUACCACUUUCGAAGGCAACUAAAGGUGUAAGCGCCAAAUUCAACAAUGUCACCUUCUUAGCAGUUCAAUUAAGAAAAGAAUCGAAAAGCCUAAGCAAUGGAGCUUUAGAGAUUUAUCGCUCCAUAAACUCGACUCACUUUGACCAUAUGCAAAGUUUGGACUGUGUGGAUCCAAUACAAUUUUCAUUCAGCAAAAUCGCACUAACAGACGACUUACUGCUGUACGUCUUGGGGCGAUCUAUUGUUGCGCCAUUGACAAUUUAUCAAUAUAAAGGUGUUUUGGGCUUUAAACGAAUCGUAGGAGCAAGCACACUCACCGUUGGGCAGGCUUACAAAAUUUUAGACUUGGAGAAUGCAACUAAGCCAAUGGUCAUGCUAAUGAACGAUGGAGAUUUAACAUUUAUAGAAAUAGCGCUGAGGAAAUUUUGAACAGUACGGCACAAACUUGAUC